CUCCACCUAUUUUGGGGCGACGAUGAUGAUGUCGGGCGAUGCGUCCAAGCUGCCGAGCCUCCCGUCGUCGGCCUCGUCCGGUCGCAGCAGUCGGUCCAUGGACAGCAUGCCCCUCUCACCACGUUGCUGCAACAACGAGGUCGAGAGCGACGACGAGGCCGACACGCCGCUCGGCAAUAACGGCGAGCUCUACACCGAGAUCGAGACGUUCCUCAACAAGCCGUCGCCGAGCCUCGCCGCGAUUGCGCGCGGGUCCCGCUCGAAUGAGAACCUCCUCCCGACGCUCAAGCUCGAGCGGUCCAAGCUGCGCACGGAAAAGCCCGAGGCCAAGCGGGUCGAGUCCAAAGCUCCGGUUGCCAAGAAGGCGCCCAUCGAUCUCACUAUGGUGCAGCAGGCCUUUGCCUACGCCAAGAACCUCCAGACCCAACAGCUACUGGACGGCGGCGACGACGGCGACGAUCAACUCCUGAGCGUCAUCCAGCAACAGCUCGCCAAGGCCAGCAUGAGCAAGGCCAACAACACGCUGCGCAGCUCCAAGUCGGCCGAGAAGACGACCAAGGCCGUCGCGCCCAAGAAGAAGCCCGUCAAGGGCAAGUCAGCAAGCGCCAUUUAUAACAACACCAAGCCGGAGCGCGUCAAGGCGACAGCCGAGUGGGACAACAACAACGGCGAAGCGAAGUCGUCGUCGUCGUCCAUGGACCCGCAGCUCAUGCAGCAACUACUGAGCAACUUUGAGAAUGGCACGACCUUGCACGAGCUGCGGCAGGAGCUCGCGGCGUCCCAAGCCAGCCUCAAGGAGUCGCGCAGCAUUCUGCAGUGUGCGGCCAAGAGCUUCUUCCUAAAACAAUAACACGUCGUCCUAUGCUGCUAGA